AAAAGACACUCCCUGUAACGUGCUGGUUAUUUCUCUCCAGACAGAGACACAUCUCUUCUUGCGACAAUGGCUCAGGCGAGAUGGAGCAGUAUCUUCGGGAGCAAAGCAGCAGAGCUUCCUGAAGAGGACACAUGGAAUCUUGAAUUUGAUGACACUAUUGUCCCCAAAAACCCAGCCGCAGGAUGGAAGGAGUAUAUUAAGAAAGCAAAUGGAAGGUUUGCAUGUACCACUUGUCGAAGACAGUGGCCAUCCAACAAGGUGAUGGUGAUCUUUCACAUGAAGCUGGAAGAUGGCACUGGAACCGUCAAAGUCCGACGUUGCCGUCAAAGUUGCAACCGGUGCUCCGAAGCUGCCAUGGUGAUUCCAAAUAUCGAGGACCCCACCCUCAACGCUCUUAUGGAUACACUGAUAGGGAAGAUCAGAAUCAAAUGCUACAAUGAAGACCAAGGUGAAGGACACCGGAGAUAUUUCCAGGAUUAUGAGGUGCAUAAUCCCCACGAGCCGUCCAACUGUGAGGGCUGCCGACUUGGCAUUUGUAACCAGAACCAGAAUGUCUGACACCAUUUUGUGCAGUUUGAAGUAGUCCUGAUUGAUAGCAGAGCAUAAAGAUUCCCAACAGAAAUAUUGAUCUUGCAAACCAAAUAGCUUCCUUGUAUAUUCACUGUCAUAAAUGCACAAUAAUCCAGUCUGAAUUCUUGAACAAAUUGGACUGCAGACAUGUCUGAACUUGCAUCCUUUCAACUGGACGGUAGUAGUAUAUUCAUGAAGAGGGAGGUUCAAUACUUCCCAGCCCAUUUUUCCACAAGAAUCUCACCAACUGACCUCUCCUGCUGAAAACCUCAGCCCUGCUUCACCUUGGCCGCAUUAGAGCCUCACCAGACUCUUAGAAUGAAUUAAUUUCUAGGUCUCUUGUCUUAGCAUCUUCAUCGGGGCCCUUCUUAGGUGCACCACCUAAACAUUAGUGGAGUAGAUUGUGCCCAGGCUCCCUGGAAGGCAGUGAACUUUGAGUUGAUUUUCCUUUUCUUUGUGAUGAGCUCCAGCUCCUGCUUUAAAGCCUCAAUAAAUUUGAAACAUAUA